CUUCAGCUCUCGAUUGACCUUGGAAAUAAAGUGACACUCGCUUGUUUUUCACACUUCACCGCGACUGUUCGGUCGCUGACAAAACAUGGCCGUCAUACGUGACACGAUCCAAUGAAACUCUAUUUUUCGAAUAAAUUUCAAGAUUUUUUUCCUCACUCGACGUGGCAAAUAUGAUUUUCAAACGGAAAAAAAGUACUCACUCGGCAACGCUCCUCGGAGAUCGUCCUGAUGGGAAAAUCAGCUCAAAAGCAGAAACUUUGUACAUCGGGAUUAUGUGCUUUGCUGCUGCUUGUUUGAGUUUUAUCACCCUCGAAGUGGGCACUCGAUUCUCACUGGGACAAUCAGUUGCAAAAUCGGCCACUUUUCAUGCCAUUUUUCGUCGGAAUUACAGCAUGAAAAUAAAAAUAAUGAUAACUAACGUCGUUAUGGGAUUAAUAACGACGAUAAUGUUAGCCCUUGGCGAUCUCUAUCGUAUACCAUAUCUUCACAUGCCAUGGCUGAUAAACACCAUGAGAGGAAUGCUGUUUCACGAAGGCCCAGCACUUUUCGGUUUGACGAAUGUUUGGCUACCGAACGCUGGAGUCUCAACGGGAGCUUUUAUGUUCAUAACGUUUUUACUCUUCGUGGAAGAGCUUUGUCUGUGGUUCGAUGUGUUUGGGAGCUUGAAAAGUUGUUGGACUGAAUACACGAAUCGUAAGACUGAAUUAUCGACGGACGACAACAGGAAAACCUGUCUUACCGACGAGAAGGUUCCCAAGCAGACAGCAACCGAGUCGAGGCUCGUCAACGACAGGAAUUUCGAAUCGAUUGUUAAACCCACGAGUAUCCUUGUCGGUGCUGCUUCUACUUUUUCGAAUACGAGACUCAGGCCGACCCUAAAUUCGAGUAACAUUAAACAUGAUGCUAGUGAAAAAACAAAUUUUUAGAAGCUUUCGGAAUUCACGAUGGAUGUUCGGCCGGAAACAAUGGCAGAAAUUCCGAACUGUGUGUAACUUGUGUUUACAAGAGGAAAACGAAAUUCGAGAAUUUUUAUUUGUUAAAAACUCUAUUUUCGAUGAAUUAUUUUGAGAAAAAAAUUCCAAAAAUAGUUCUUGGGAUUAACGAAUACGCAAAAUUGUAAAAUUACUAUUUGAAAUUCGCGGGUUUUUUUCGCGCCAAAUGCGAUGCCGGAACCGGUGUUUAUUCGUCGAUUUGAAAACGAAUCACGUUCCAGUUCUUGCGCACGCGUAGUGAGAAGAGCAAUGUUUUUCUUUUUGAUUCUCGUUCUCGCACACAACCAAGGAGCUUCGAAGGGCUUUGGCAUUCGUCGGCGCACCGUUCGCAACUGGAUUCGACCGCGUUACGAGCAAAUAUAUUUUGCACUACAAUCGAAAUAUUGGUGGGGAGCUCCUACUCUUCUCGGCACACACAGAGACAUUCACACGAACAGAACAGAUUAACGGUCGUUCGGAGACGCCACACACGCAGUAUACCGUCGAUAUACAUCACGACUUACAAUUGACGCUGUGCGCGCGAAAAAAAGACACUGUUUUCGUUUUCUCCUGCUAGUUGGACGAGCGGCAGAGUUCAGCAUAAAUUGACCCUUUCAAAAAACCCUUCGACACGUAAUUGUACGAAAAAACCAGUUAACGAAACUCUUCGUCGUUAAGUAAAAACGUUAUUUUAACUUC